AUGAAGUUCUCUGCCAUCACCUCCGUUUUCUGCCUGGCUUCGGCCGCCCUUGCGGCUCCUGCCGCCCCUGCCUCUGUCGAGGAGCGCGCUCUCAUUCAGCUCGAGCCCUUCAACAACUUUCGCUUCGUCAACCUGGAUCUCGCCUACCUCCAGGCCAUCAACGGCUUUGACCUGCAGUCCUUUGUCAACCUGCAGCUCAAGAACAACCUCGACCUGAGCUCCUUCCAGAGCCUCUUCCUGGAGGACGCCUUUACUGUCAACAAGAUUCUCCAGCUCCAGCAGGUCGCCAUCCUCUCCCAGCUCUCCGCCAUUGGCGCAUUCAGCAACAUCGAUCUGUCUCGCGUCAAGCUUGGUGGCUUCAACUUUGCCCAGAUCGCCACCAUCGCCAACUUCCCGCUCAACACCUUGAUCAACACGGUGCUCCAGCCCCAGCUCAGAGUCGUUGUCGACCAGACUCCUCCUCUCACCAUCAUCAUCUAA